AUGGUGAUUUGGAUACAGGAUUCCCAAGAAGGAAACUAUAAGACAGAGGUCAACAGCAAACCCAGGAAGGAAAGGACGGCUUUCACCAAGGAGCAAAUCAGAGAGCUAGAAGCAGAAUUUGCUCAUCAUAACUAUUUGACCAGACUGAGACGAUAUGAGAUAGCAGUAAACCUUGACCUCACUGAAAGACAGGUGAAAGUUUGGUUCCAGAACAGGCGGAUGAAGUGGAAGCGUGUAAAAGGGGGCCAGCAAGGAGCAGCAGCCCGUGAGAAGGAACUGGUGAAUGUGAAAAAGGGCACGCUGCUCCCCUCUGAGCUCUCCGGCAUCGGCGCCGCUGGGCUCCAGCACACGGGGGACUCACUAGCCAACGACGACAGCCACGACAGCGACCACAGCUCUGAGCACGCACACUUAUGAUACACAGAGAGUGUCCCAGCUCGGUUCUCAGGAAAGAUGCUUUGCUGGCAAGCCUUACACAGGCAUCGUUUACUUAUGCAAGUGACUCUGGAGGUGAUCUUUAAAGUUGUAAUGGAAAAUUCAGGCUUAGUAUGUCUGCUUUUCUCAAUUCUUAGAUGGUUUACAGUAAGUGCCAUGUCUUAAAGGUGCCUCAAGAUUGGAGAAGUGGAAGACAAACUUACUUUGAACAUUCCAGAUUUGUUUGUCGUUUUUAUGACAGCGGGCAGGUAUUUUUGCUUAAGCUUGCACUGAAAAUUACAUUGCUCUCAAAAGACGUUAUAUUCUGAAAACCACAGUGCCACAAAAUCACUAUCUAGUGGAUAAGAAAUGUAUUUUAACUCUGUAUAUAUUUACCUUACAGCAUUUUUCUGUCUUCACUAAUUUUUAGCAAUGCAUUCAUAUUAGCUGAUGGCAAUAGUCACUCAUGACAAUAAAUGGCUUUUUGUCUCUA